UUUUGAAUGGCGGCCUGCCAAAGUUUCAAGACUCAGUCUCUUGAAGAUAUUUUUGAACAAGGGUUUGUUUUACAUUGUAAAAUAGUAGAUGACGAUGAACCAAGCUCCUCGGAGAUAUUUCAGAAGAAGGUCAGUACUGCUGUGGAUCACUUUGUUCGUGCCACAGAAAUAGUCAACAGUUUGGCUUUGUUCAGCUCAAAUGAAGAGUUGUCUGAGGUUCCAACUUCUGAGUUGAGAUAUCUAUUAUUGCCAGCUUUUCUUGGAGACCUGUUCCUUAGAAAGAGUGAAACUGAUAGAAUGACAUUACUCAACAUUGCAAAGGUUUACUUUAUUGAUUAUCUGAAAAGAUGUAAAAAUUAUGGAGUGACAGACAUGGACCUCUCCAGAUAUUUUGAAGAAUCAGAUGAACCACAAGUGGGACAAAAAAGUAUUCAUCAAAUGGCAAACAGUCGUCAAGAAAAAAUAGCAAGAUAUAAAGAACAAAAGGAGCAAGAAAAAAGGAUAAAGGAACUGAGGAAUAUCCUUGGUGAGUCAUCUCCACCUAUAGCUGAUGAAGAUACUCAGAGAAGUUAUUAUGUUCUGCUCUUAAAGUUUUGGAUUAACAAAGUUGUGGACCAUUUAGCAAGUCUUCAAAGUGAAAUGGAGAUCUUGAAACACAUGCAGACACUAAAAGGCAGAGAAGAUGAUAGACCUGCAACCACGAAGCCUCAACAGAGCUUUAAACCAAUUCUGAUAACAAGGGAAAUGAUUAAGAACAAAGUAUUUGGGGCAGGAUACCCAAGUGUUCCCACCAUGACACAGGAGGAAUUUCUAGAAAAAGAAAUUCUUGAAGGAAAAGUUGUUCUAAAUUACAAAGAGGACCAAAUGAAGGAUAAGGGCAAAACAAGUGAUGAGGAUUCUGACAGUGAAAAUGACCCUGUUAAACUUCAGAAGAAAAGAGACUGGGAUGAGUGGAAAGAUGACCACCGCCGUGGAUGGGGUAACAGGGAGAAUAUGGGAUGAGGUGAUGGUGAUGGAGGAAAGCAGAGGAUUUGCUUUAACUGACCAUACUGAUGCCUACUCCUCAGUAUGGUUUCCUUGAGCAAGUAGUGAGGUGUAGCACCUGCUUAAAAGUAAGAUCUAUUGGACAAAGCAAAUGAAACCUUCUCAACAGGAAGGUGGACUGCAUUUAACUGAAUCAGCCCAAGAUAGAGAAGUAAGCACCAAGUUGUGUGAUUAUCCACAAGGAAAGCCAUGCACACUUUAAUUCAAAAGAUGAACAGCAACAACCAAGGACUCAAGGAAAAUUGUUGCUAUGUUGUUGAAACUAAAAGAUGCAGCCUUUAAUUUAUUAUCAGUAGCCAAAUUUUUCAAAUAAGGAAAUCCACUCAAGCUACUGAUGUGAUCUUGACCAAAUGAACAACAUAAUCUACAGACACAUCAGCCUCUUUUGAAAUGGAUUUUAGAAGUUCCAGCAACAUAAAAUGAUUCAUUCUCAAAAUGAACAUUCCUUUGCAAAGCUAUUUUACUCUUCAUAAAUACUACUUCUCUUCAAAUACAACCAAUCUACCUCAGUUUAAUUUUUCAAUUGUCAUACGGCAAAACCAAUCUACUGCAUGUUUGUUCUGUUACAAAUUAAAAGUGAUGUGAAAUGUGGCAACACCAAAACCCUAGCACACAAGCCUUAGGUGAGUGGGUCAGGCAUGUUCACUUCCUAUGAUGUAUAAGGUGGGCCCACCUAGAGGUACAUGCUGCAGAGACAUAGUGCUGCUACAUGUUAUUGGGACCUUCUUGUAAUUAUGCUGCCUGAGUGUUACUAAGACAAGAAUCAGGAACAGAACAGAAAAAAUUGUAGUAGGGACAUGUCUGUGUUAAAUGUAUUAGGGGAAUUAGUCCAGCUUUGUCGCUGCUGUGUGUGGCUCUAAACUAACCUUGCAACAUGUUCCCUACAGAAAAAUAACUUGGAAAGUAUCACAAUUGUGGUAUAGGCAGUGCUCAGAUGAUCAAGAUUUGUAACAAAAUAUUUUUUGAUUUGCUGAGCUCAGUUUUUGUCUUUGUUAAUUCACUCAGACAAUCAGAGUGACAUUUUUGGAGUUACCUCCAGAGGUAUGCAGACAAUGUAGCUUGAAUGGGUGUUGGUUAUGCAUCCCUUCCCAAGCCUUAAAAGUAUGUGUUCCCCUAAAGGUUAGGGUAUUACAGCUGUAGACAACUCAGGAGAGAAAAUGUGUAUAGAGUUUGACCAUUAUGUUGUUUUGAAAAUCCCACAUGGUUUUCUAUAGUAUUAUUGAAAUAUUGUAUUACUCCCUUUAACUCAAACAAGAGGCAAAGAAGUUGCAAAAUAUCUGUUGUAGUGUAAAAGGAAUUUCAAAUAAACCAAACCA